AUGCCCUUCUCGCACCUCUUCCCCUCCGCUGCAAAGUCACACAUCCGCAACGGCACCUUCACCCAGCCGCUCGACCACUUCGACGGCUCCACGAACGUCACGUUCGAGCAGCGCUUCUGGUACACGCUCGAGCAUCUCGAUGCGAAGCGCAAGCCCGACAGCGUCGUGCCGCUCAUCGUGUACGACGGCGGCGAGACGAGCGGUGACAAUCGCUUGAGCAAUCUGCGCAGCGGCGUGGUGAAUGACAUUGCAAGGGCGGUGCAGGGCAUCCCGAUCAUCCUGGAGCAUCGCUACUACGGCGAGUCCUUCCCCGACCGCAAGCUCAUCGGGCCUGGAGAGGCGUGGCGCGUGGACCAGCUGCGCUGGCUCAACAACCGCCAGGCGCUCGAGGACUCUGCGCGCUUCGUGCGCGAGCUGAAGAUCAAGGGCGUGGAGGAUGAUCUGAGAGCACCGCAUCAGCCCGUCAUCUACUACGGCGGCUCGUACGCCGGCACACGGGCGGCGCACAUGCGCGCGCUGUACCCCGAUGUGAUCUUUGGCGGCAUCGCCUCGUCCGCCGUGCUGGCCGCCAUCGAUGACUUCCCGGCAUACUUUGCGCCGAUCGCCCGAGGCAGCACGAGCGACUGCACGCAGAGCCUGCAGAGCGCCAUCGCAUGGAUGGACAGCAUCCUCGCGCCCGAGCCCGAGCGCGGACAGGUGCAGCCGCUGCGCUCUCUUGCCGCCACACAGCAGCUGCAGUCCCUCUUCGGCCUCUCGGAGCUCUCGGACCCCGCCGACUUUGCCAAUGCCCUCACCUCGCUGCUGGGCUCUUUUCAAGGACUCAACUGGGAUGCUCAUCAGCGCGAUCCCACGUGGACGUCGUACUGCCGCAAUGCGACGCGCAACCCCUUCUCGGGACCGCUGCCGCCGACCGACGGCUCGUACCACGAGCCAAUCGAGGGCCGCGAGGUGCCGCUGGAGGUCUCGCGUCUGGCAACGUUCAUGCGCAAGAGCAUCGUCGAGCCGUGCACGAAAAAAGAGUCGGCCGAGGAAUGCUUUGGCACGGGCGACUGGACGCGCUACACAAACGUGACGGGCUUGGACGACCUCAGCGAGCGCGUGUCCUGGACGUUCCAGUACUGCACCACCUGGGGCUUCCUGCAGACGUCGCCGCGCGUGAGCACGCCUGCAAAGGACGCACGCACGUACCACGUCUCGAUGCCCAAGCUGCUCUCCGCGCUCGUCGACCGCGAGUACAUGAGCCGCGUGUGUCGCCAAGGCUUCCCGGCCGGCGAGCACUACAAGAUGCCCGAGUCACCCAACGUGGACUGGGUCAACGAGCUGGGCUCCUUUGCCCUCUCCUCGUCGCGUCUCGCCAUCAUCAACGGCCAGUACGAUCCAUGGCGUCCCGCCAGUGGUCACUCAGAGGAGUACGCCUUCGGCGGCGCGCGUCAUGACUCGCUCGACCGGCCCUUUAUCCUCAUCCCGGACUGCUGGCACCACUGCGACUCCAACACGCAGCGCAAGGACGGCGAUGCGCCGCCCAAGCGCGUCGCCGACGUGCAGGCGCGCGAGGUGCAGUUCGUCAAGCACUGGCUGCAGAGCUUUGAGCGCAAGUAG